CAGACGUUUCUCUUUUCACAGUGAAGAGAGAUACCACCUGUGUCCGAAACAGGCAUAUUUUAUUAUAUUAUUGGCCAAUACGCAGAUGUGGGUGCUUCAAUGUGAUUUUGGACUGACGUGAAAAUUUGAAAGAGUUUUGUCGAAAAUGGGAGACAAAAUGCCAGGAUUUCUUCAUUUUCUUCAAACUUUGUCCAAUUGGCGGCUAGAUUCUGAAGAUGAUUUUGUACAUCCACCAUCAACGCCAAUUAUUACAGUUAUACCAGCAGUGGAUGAACCUAUCAAGAUUGGAAUUAAUGAUGAGAAGAAACCAGAGUCAGCAAAAAUACGUAAAGGCGGCAGGAAAAUGCCUGACAUGACAUGGCUUCUAACAUCUUUUCAAUCUAUCAAACUGAAAAUUGGAUUAAAAGGAGCUGCAGGCAGUGCUGGCGAACUACAAAAUAUGUUAUCUGCUGACCCAUCGCACAGAUUGAGCAACGGCGACGACAAACCUGCUGAUGGAUUGUGUCACAUUUCCCAGAGUCCAUUCCGAAUUCUAAAGGCAGCUGAAAGUGGAAACCUAGAAGUUUUUCAACGUCUUUAUUAUGCAGAUCCUACACGUCUCGUUAUCCGUGAUAGUCGUGGAAGGACAUCAAUUCACCAAGCAGCUUCAAGAAACAGGGUUAAUAUUCUUCAAUUUAUUGUGGAUCAAGGAGGAGAUUUAAAUAUACAAGACAACUCUGGAAAUACUCCUCUACACGUAGCGGUUGAACAUGAAUCAUUGGAUGCUGUAGACUUUUUACUAGACAAAGGUGUAAAAACGGACAUAUUAAACGAAAAGAAUCAGGCCGCAAUUCACCUGGUCACCGAGCUUAACAAGGUGGCGGUGUUGGAAGUAAUGGGACGCCAUAAACAGAGAAUUGACAUUCAACAAGGAGGUGAACACGGCAGAUCCGCUCUUCACAUUGCUGCUAUAUACGACCACGAGGAAUGCGCAAGGGUGCUGAUUUCAGAGUUUGGCGCUUCGCCAAAAAUACCCUGCAACAACGGUUAUUACCCAAUACAUGAAGCUGCCAAAAAUGCUUCGUCGAAGACAUUGGAAGUGUUCCUUCAAUGGGGAGAAUCUAAAGGAUGUAGCCGACAGGAGAUGAUUUCGUUUUAUGACUCAGAAGGAAAUGUCCCUCUACAUUCAGCCGUUCAUGGUGGUGACAUAAAGGCUGUUGAAUUGUGUAUAAAAUCUGGUGCGAAAAUAUCAAUCCAACAGCAAGACCUUUCAACACCAGUACAUUUAGCAUGUGCACAAGGUGCUACGGAAAUCGUCAAGCUAAUGUUUAAAAUGCAACCCGAAGAGAAAAUGGCGUGUCUAUCGUUCUGUGAUGUACAAAAAAUGACUCCACUUCACUGCGCCGCUAUGUUUGAUCAUCCUGAAAUUGUCGAAUAUUUGGUUAAUGAAGGAGCCGAUAUUAACGCUAUGGAUAAAGAAAGGAGGUCACCAAUGUUACUAGCAGCAUUAAGAGGAGGUUGGAGGACUGUACAUAUGCUCAUAAGAUUGGGUGCUGAUAUAAACAUAAGAGAUGUCAACAAAAGAAACGUGCUUCAUUUAGUGGUCAUGAAUGGUGGCAGAUUAGAAAAAUUCGCUUCAGAAGUAAGUGAGACAAAAUCUAAGGAAAGUCUUCUCCAACUGCUCAAUGAAAAAGAUAUAACUGGAUGUUCUCCAUUACACUACGCUAGUCGAGAAGGUCACAUCAGAAGUCUGGAAAAUCUCAUUCGACUUGGUGCCUGCAUCAACCUAAAAAACAAUAAUAAUGAAAGUCCUCUACAUUUUGCUGCUAGGUAAGCAUUUUUUUUUAAUCCGAAAAUAUUAUUAAAGUUGCAUUUCAAGAAUUUUGUUUGAGGUAAUUGUCAAAGUUACAUGUAGACAUAAGGUCUGUUCCAACAACGAUCACAAAUUAGUCACUGAUACCAGAACUCUGCGCAGUAGAUAAGCUGGCGGUCCCAGUAAUGUACUGCGCAGAAUCCUGGUAUCAGUCACUCAUAUACUUUGAUAGUAUGUGGGGCAAAUAAUAUGGUGGACCGGAUGUUAUUUAACAUAACCUCUAUUUCCAUUUGUCAUCACAUUUGUCAUUUAAUUGUGUCAACAAGUUACGACGAGAUGUUUUUUUAAUUUAUGUAGGUAGUAUCGGAUAGCAUUACUAUGAUAUAAACAAUAAACGUUCAUUCGUGAACACACAAUAUGCUUCACGUUUCCAUUUUUAUAUUUUCUUUCAUAAAAAAAAUCAAAUCGUGGGUGAAUUAUCCCGAAGAACAUUGCCCGCAAAAGGAAUAGAAGAAGAAUAAGAAGAAAAACUAAUCAAAU